AUGUGGUGUCCUGCGCUGGGGGCAGCACUGGCCGCCCUCCUGCUAGUCUCCGGCGUCUGCAGAGCGAGCCUGGGAGAGGAGACGUUCGUCAUGAGGUCGGCCCCCUUCCUGAUGAAGAGCCAGGGUCUGCUGACCAGGCCGGAGGACGUUCUCGCGCUGGAGGACGUCAGAGACCACACCGACCAUGCCCACUCCGGCCGAGACCAGCUCAGCCGAGACCAGCAGACCCCCAGCCAGCCGGUCGACGGGAGGGACCACCGUGACCGAGGUCAGCAGCCCCCCGGAGACCACCUCGACCUCGGCUGUCACAAGCACCACUACCAGCACAUCUACGACGGCCAUUUCCACCACCACAACCAGCGAAGCCACGACGGCCAGCACCACAGCCAGCGAAGCCACGACGGCCAGCACCACAACCGGCGAAGCCACGACGACCAGCACCACAACCAGCGAAGCCACGACGACCAGCACCACAACCAGCGAAGCCACGACGACCAGCACCACAACCAGCGAAGCCACGACGACUGGACCCUGUUCCGUGCACCGGACACAACCAC